AAACAAAGCCAAGAAACUGAAAACGGAGAAGAAAUUAUCUAAACACAAAAAAGUGCCUGUAGCUGAGUCGCCAAAGAAGGCAAGCCCAGCUCCCAAGAAAAAAGCGGUUAAAAACAAGAAAGAAAUAAAAGAAGAAACCGAAGAUGAGCCAGUCAAGAAAAAGAAGAAAGGAGUGGAAGAGGAGGAGCAGGCAGUCUGGAAAUGGUGGGAGGAGCAGCGAGAGGACAACACUGUCAAAUGGACCUUUUUGGAGCACAAGGGCCCUGUAUUUGCUCCAGCAUACGAACCUUUACCAAAAAGUGUUCGCUUUUAUUAUGAUGGGAAGCCCAUGGAGCUGACUCCCAACACAGAAGAGGUGGCUGUUUUCUAUGGUCGUAUGUUGGACCAUGAGUACACUACUCGAGAGGUUUUUAAUACUAACUUUAUGAAGGAUUGGAGGAAGGUGAUGACUGCCGAAGAAAAGGCUAAGAUCACUGAUCUGAAGAAGUGCAACUUCCAUGAAAUUCUAGACUACUUCAAGAAAAAAACUGAAGAGAGGAAGGCUAUGUCUAAAGAGGAGAAGCAGAGGUUAAAAAAAGAAAAUGAGGAAAUGGUCAAACAGUAUGGCUUCUGCAUUAUUGACAACCACAAAGAGAAAAUUGGCAACUUCAAGAUCGAACCACCAAGUUUAUUCCGAGGUCGUGGUGAUCAUCCAAAGCAGGGUAUGGUGAAGAAGAGAAUUAAUCCGGAGGAUGUCAUUAUCAACUGUAGCAAGGACUCCAAGAUUCCUGUCCCUCCGGCUGGACACAAGUGGAAAGAGGUUCGUCACGACAACAAGGUGACAUGGCUGGCCAGUUGGUCAGAGAACAUCCAGGGGGCUACCAAGUAUGUCAUGCUGAACGCCGCAUCGAAGCUGAAGGGUGAGAAAGACUGGCAGAAGUACGAGACCGCUCGCAAGCUGCACAAGUGUGUCGACAAGAUCCGAGCUCAAUACCAGGAGGACUGGAAAUCCAAGGAGAUGCGUGUUCGACAGCGUGCUGUGGCCUUAUACUUUAUUGACAAGCUUGCCUUAAGAGCUGGUAACGAAAAGGAGGAAGGAGAAACCGCAGACACUGUAGGCUGCUGCUCCUUGCGGGUGGAACACAUCAAGCUGCACAAUGAGAAAGAUGGCAAGCAGUACGUUGUGGAGUUUGACUUCCUGGGUAAAGAUUCCAUUCGCUACCAGAACUCCAUCCCUGUGGAGAAGCGGGUGUUCAAGAACCUGGAGCUGUUCAUGGAGAACAAGCAGCCGGAGGAUGAUCUCUUUGACAGGCUUAAUACUACAAUUCUCAACAAACACCUUCAAGACCUGAUGGAUGGCCUUACUGCCAAAGUAUUCCGUACCUUCAAUGCCUCCAAGACACUGUCUGAGCAGCUGGCGCUUCUGACCAACCCUGACGACCCUCCAGCAGCCAAGAUGCUUGCUUACAACAGAGCCAACAGGGCUGUGGCUAUUCUGUGUAAUCAUCAACGUUCAGUGCCCAAAUCUUUUGAGAAGUCCAUGGAAAAUCUGAUGAAGAAGAUUGACCAGAAGAAGGAUGAGAUCAAGGAAGUGAAGAAACAGAUCAAGGGAAUCAAAGCAGAUUACAAGAAAGAGAAGUCAGUCAGAACAAAAACGUUGUAUGAAAAGAAGAAGAAGCAUUUGGCUCGACUCGAAGAAGGGCUGACCAGAAUGGAGGUGCAGGCUACGGAUAAGGAUGAAAAUAAAGAGAUCGCUUUGGGGACAUCCAAGCUGAACUAUUUGGAUCCACGAAUCUCGGUGGCCUGGUGCAAGAAGUAUGGUAUACCCCUGGAGAAGGUGUACAACAAGACCCAGAGGGACAAGUUCCGAUGGGCUAUAGACAUGGCCGACCAGCACUUCAAGUUUUGA